GGGUUCCCCGCCUGGAAGCGCCGGCCCCCCGCCCCAGCGGCGCCGCGCCAGGUGCUGUGUCCCGACGGCCGCUCGGCGUGUCCCGACGGGGCGACCUGCUGCCAGCUGUCCCCGGCGCGGUACGGCUGCUGUCCCCUGCAGAACGCUGUGUGCUGCAGUGACGGGCAGCACUGCUGUCCCCAGGGCACCACCUGUGACCUGGUCCACUCCACCUGCACCUCCCUGGGGGGCUCUGCGCCCCUGGCAGCACUGCCCCGAGCUCGCGAUGUCAGGUGUGACGAGGUGACGAGCUGUCCCGAUGGGAACACGUGCUGCCGGCUCAGCUCAGGGGCCUGGGGAUGCUGCCCCCUCGAGCAGGCUGUCUGCUGCCCCGACCACGUGCACUGCUGCCCCCAGGGCUACACCUGUGACCCCGAGGGGGGCAGCUGCCUGCAGGAGGGGGGCACCCGCCUGCCCUGGGUGCAGAAGACCCCGGCGCUGCCCCGGGGGGCACAGGUGACAUCAGGGAACGUCAUGUGUGACGAAGAGACGAGCUGUCCUGAUGGGAGCACGUGCUGUCGGAUGAGCCUGGGCACCUGGGGGUGCUGCCCCCUCGAACAGGCCGUCUGCUGCCCCGACCUCGUGCACUGCUGCCCCCAGGGCUUCACCUGCGACCCCGAGGGGGGCAGCUGCCUGCAGGGGGGGGGCACCCGCCUGCCCUGGGUGCAGAAGACCCCGGCGCUGCCCCGGGGGGUACAGGUGACAUCAGGGAACGUCAAAUGUGACGAAAAGACGAGCUGUCCUGAUGGGAGCACGUGCUGCCGGCUGAGCCUGGGCACCUGGGGGUGCUGCCCCCUCGAACAGGCCGUUUGCUGCGGGGACCACCAGCACUGCUGUCCCCGGGGCUACACCUGCAACGUGGCCACCGAGAGCUGCGAGAAGCUGCUGGCACCCACCCCGCUGGUGCCAACCCCCCCUGGCCCCAAUGACCCCUCUUCAUCCUCACCACGUAGAAAACGUUUAGAAACACAGUUAAAAUCCAAAGGGGGAUGA